UCCACUCACUGCCAACGUUCUUUCCUUUUUUCUUCCUCACUUUGCCUUCGCUCUCCCUGGUCCCCCACCGCCACCGCUUUUUUUUUCUGCACCUGCAUUCAACCACUGGCUUUCUUCCCUUCAAACAUGCCUCCGUCAAAGAGAACCUCAUUACAGGCGCAAUCUUCUGCCUCCAAAGACCAAAAGAAGAAGAAAAACAUCACCACAACAGCUGGCCCACCAACGGCAACAACCGCACCAGAGGAGUCAGAGCCUAUGUCUCCUCGUAAUAGCAUCACGGUAGCACAUCGAACCAUGCCUCCUCCUCCCGCUACACGCGCUCGCAGCAGCAGCGCUAGCAGCAAGUCAGGGUCAAGCUCUCUUUCAUCCAGCCACAGCAGUCCGCCUCCAGCCAGUGCACCCAAGGAGAAGGCGAUGCCAACCCCAGUCUCGGACGAGGUGGAGAUGAGGUCUCCAACAAGUGCGAAGGCUGCUCCAGUAUCAACCAGCCCCAGUGCUAAGACUAACGGCAAUCCCGUGGUCAACUCCGAUACCAACGGUACUGUAGAUGACAUCCCGCCAGUGGUACACGCCAAGGGCACACUUCAGGUCAUCGCUCCCAGGAAGGCCCACUCACAGAUGAUGCAACCAGCUUACUCUUUUGAGUUUUGCAACAAUAUCGAUGAGAUCACUGUGCGUCAACUGGAAGAGGACAUUGCUGCCUACCACAACGACAUGGCCUUUGUUCAAGCCCAACUCUCGGAUGAAACUCUGACCCCUCAAGAGUCCCGCACUUUCCAACUGCGGUUGCUUGAUCUUGGCCACCAGAUUCGCCAUUGCAGGCACCGGAUCGAACAGAUUUCAUUCCAGAACCGCAAGAUGGUCAAACCAAUUGGUUACAGCCGUCCUGCAUACACCAAUGCCUUUACCCCUAUGGUCCCAGCAGCGACUGGCGGCAUCAAUGGCACGUCCUCCUUCACCGCCAAGCAGCGCCCUGACGACACGGUGUCUUCGACGCUGACAACGUCGAAGCGCCCUGCUGAAGACGAUGAGGAUGAAGGAAUGACGGAUGGACCCUCCAAGAGAGCCAAGCAGUCCCCUUCACCGAUCACAGGAACCCAACUCACCGAAGAGUACGAUUUGAGCGAGAUCGAGAUCGUUGACACGGGUGAAGAGGGCGACUUACCUGGCGUCAUCACUGUUCUUCAGCGUCUCGGGUUUUGGAAGUGCCGCCUCUGCUGCUCUCCCAAGUAUUUGCUCGCGGGCAGUGGUAGGUCACCGGCUGCGCCAUGCAAGUGGCCACUGAAGGACAUCAGCAAAAUGAUUACGCAUUUUACGGAAAUGCAUAGCGAGCAUAGCGUCAAUGAGCGUUGUUAUGAGUUGGGGAUUGCGCUGGCCAAGAAUCGCGGACCGUUUGAGUACUGGCUUCGGAGGACGAGGAAUCAGAAUAUUGGGGAUGGCAGGUGCCUUGACGAGGCAAUUUAUAAGUUGGUGAAUGGGCAGAUGCCCGCUCUGUUGAGGCAGCACAGUCGGGCGGCAGCGGGGGUUGCUAUGGAGUAGGUUAUGGAGCUCUGAAGGGUAUUGUUCUGUAUGGAUGGGUUUCGCGCUGCUUUCAGAGGGCUGCAUCUUGUUUCUACGGGGUUUUGAAGCAUAGGAUUUUCGCGUCGCGUUGGUGGUGAUGGGUGGUCAGGGCCAUCACAUGAACGGGCCGUGAUCGCAGGGCAAAGCGAGACAAGAGCGAAAGCGAUGGGGAGAGCGACAUCCAGGACGAGCGUUCAUACCGUAUUGAAUCCUUGUUGCAUCAGAUAUUUGGUUUAAACACGGUUGGUGUAGUGUUGUGCGUGCUUUCCUGUAGUUUUAGUUCGCCACGGAGAGGUGUCCCUGGGAUCACGGGCGA